UCCGAUCCGUAUAAACUAUUUUAAUUACAAGCAAGUCAAUACUCGAGAGGCAACAACACGCAUACAAAGAAAAAGUCGAGAAUUAAUUACUUAUUCUUCCUUUUAAUUGCCUAAUUAAAUCUCUCUGCCACGGCUCUUUCUUUUCAAUUUCUCCUCUCUUUCGUGGAACCCCCUCACCCAUAUAUUAUAUCAUAACACACAAUUUGUCAACUUCAUUUUUCAAUCACAUAGACUUGUUCCGUUGCUGCCAUAGUUUUAGUAUCAUCACUUUAUCAUACUCAUGGGAAACUGUUUCAGAAAGACAGCAGCUGAUGACAACAAGAUUCACAAGAAUGAGUAUAAGACUCCCACCACCAAUAAUCCACGCCCUUCUCCCCCAGAGAGAUUGGUGAAGGAAACAGUGGAAGAAAGAGGUGAGCGUCCACAAAACAACAGCGUUCCAAAGCUUAUAAAGUACACGUUGGAUGAGUUGAGAAGUGCGACCAGAAACUUCAGACCAGACACGGUCCUAGGCGAGGGUGGUUUUGGACGUGUUUUCAAAGGGUGGAUUGAUAAGAACACCUUCAAGCCCUCAAGAGUUGGUGUUGGAAUCCCCGUGGCUGUGAAGAAGUCUAACCCCGAUAGCCUCCAGGGUCUAGAAGAAUGGCAGAGUGAAGUGCAACUUUUGGGGAAAUUCUCUCAUCCAAACCUGGUUAAACUAAUUGGCUAUUGCUGGGAGGAAAGUCAAUUCCUGCUCGUAUACGAAUACAUGCAAAAGGGCAGCCUCGAAAGCCACCUCUUUAGAAGAGGCCCAAAACCACUUUCAUGGGAUAUAAGACUCAAGAUAGCCAUAGGAGCUGCCAGAGGUCUAGCUUUCUUGCAUACAUCGGAAAAGUCUGUCAUCUAUAGAGACUUCAAGUCUUCCAACAUUUUGCUUGAUGGGGAUUUUAAUGCAAAACUAUCGGACUUUGGAUUGGCAAAGUUUGGCCCUGUCAACGGAAAAUCCCACGUAACCACGCGGAUCAUGGGCACGUAUGGUUACGCGGCCCCUGAAUACAUGGCCACAGGCCAUCUGUAUAUUAAAAGCGAUGUAUAUGGAUUUGGCGUUGUUCUGCUAGAAAUGCUAACAGGUAGAGCAGCUCUAGACACAAAUCAGCCAACGGGUAUGCAGAAUUUGGUAGAGUGCACUAUGUCAUCUCUACAUGCCAAAAAGAGACUGAAAGAGGUAAUGGAUCCAAACAUGGAGGAACAAUAUUCAUUAAGGGCAGCAUUUCAAAUAGCGCAACUUAUUUUGAAAUGUUUAGAAUCUAAGCCAAAGAAACGACCGUCUAUGGAGGAGGUUUUGGAAACCUUAGAAAAAGUUGAAGCCAUAAAAUACAAACCCAAAGUGAAGAAAAGAAGUGCGGUUCGUUAGAUAAGCAUCCCCCAAAUAACCAGGGUUGGUCACCACUUAUUCAUUACAACAACGUUUAUCCCAAACCACUAACUCAUUCUCCUCCAUAGUAGUUCACCAUGCAUCUACCAUUUAUUUUUCAAGCAGUUACAUGGUUAGUAAAUUUCGUAAGGACUAGAUAAGUUUUUUGUCCAGUACAAUUUUAAAUUUUGGAUUUUAUUUAUUUAUUUUUAUCUAUUUUAAAUCCUUUAUUUAUUUUAUCGUUCAUGAUUAGUAGUUGGGUGAGACAAAAGUUGAGUAGCAAAAGGAUAAAAAUUAAACCCAAGACUGAUUAAUUAUGAGCAAUAGAAAUAAAUAAUAGAUUAAAAAUAAAUAAAAAUAUAGAAAUUAAAAUCCAAAAUUUAAAAUUAUACAUUUACUAAAAACUUAUUUAACCCAUUUGGUAAAUAUUCCUUCUAUUAUGCUUUUUGUGCAUAUCUGUACUUUUUUUAGUUGUAAACUUUAGAAUGCAUGUUCAAAUUUAUAGCAUACUCAGUCAUGUUUUAUGCAAAUUAUGAAAUUUAUAUUUUGUUGAUA